GUCGUCACCUGCACAAACGAUGGGCGACCGUGACCGCGCGCGCGAGCGCCACACGAUCGAAGCCAUGAGGGACCUCCUCCCGGAGAAGGAGCCCUCGGCCUCCCAAGCCCUCGCGGUGGCCACACUGCUUCCCCUCGGUGGCGGCCUCCUCGCCCUCGCCGGGCUCACGCUCCUCGGCUCGGUGAUAGGGCUCGCCCUGCUGACGCCGCUGUUGCUGCUGUUCAGCCCGGUGCUGGUGCCGGCGGCGCUCCUGGUGGCGCUGACGGUGGCGGGGGUGCUGACGUCGGGCGCGUUGGGGUUGACCGGGUUGUCGUCGAUCUGGUACCUGCUGAAGCAAGCGAGAGGGAUGGUGCAGAAGGCGCCGGAGCAGAUGGAGAAUGCGAAGCGGAGGGUGGGCGAGGCGGCGCAGGCCGCAAGAAGCCGGGCGGAGGAGACGAAGAGAGCAUGAAGCGACGAUGUCUGUUCACAUGUAGUCGUUCGUCUCCUGUGUUACGACGUACAUAGCUUCGUAAAGUUCUGUCUCUAACGCUCUCAUGAUUGUUUUCUACGCUGUUGUUGCCACUACGUGUUUCCAAUCUCGUCUUAAAUAUGGAAGUGUUUUUUC